AUGGGUCUUGUAACCAGACUGAAAAAAACUGUACUGAAAGAUGACCGUCUUAGAAUCGAAAAGACUACAGCCAAGAACAUUCCUGAUUUUUUACAUUUUACAAGUGAAAGACAUUUACCCAUUGCUCAAAUAUUUGGAGAUACCAGCAGAGUCAUAUUUCCAUCUGUGCAAGCUUAUGAUAUGUUUAAGACAUUUAAAAAAUUGGAUCAUUCGUUCCUCAAGGAUAAUAACGGGGUAGGUAUCCCUUUGUUUAGGAUUCGUAGCGUAGAAUGGAAUCAAAGUAACUUCAAAGAAAAGAACAAGGAAUUAGUAUAUCAGAUAUUUUCAUAUGAAUUGAGAACCUUAAGUGAAGUACCACCUUAUAUGGAUGGUGAAAUAGUCUUAAGUAAUAAAGAGGUUAACCUUUAUAAAUGUAUCUAUUGUGAUAUAUACAAAGCUAACUCAUCGGGAGGAACUACAUAUUUUAUGGAAUUUAAAGAUGAUUCUCUUGGGGAAAUCCCAAUGAUUCACAGGUUUCAAUACCGAGACAUGGAUACGAACAUCUAUAAUUGGAAUUUUAGAUGGCAUGUGAAGUUUAGUCCAAUAAUAGAAAAUGAUCACUAUAAACUUGGUUAUUUAAACCCUGACACAGUUUCGUUAUUAGACGCUCCAAAGAUUGUAGAGGACAAAAAAUUAUUAAAAGUAACUAAAAAUCAACGAUUUAAACUUGUGUUUGGACAUUACACUUCUGAAGAUAGUGAUUUUUUCCCAAGCUCUAUAAUUAAAGUAGCAGAUUUUACCAUAGGAGAAAAAGAAGUUGUUCCUUCGUUAGGAAUACGAGACGUCCCCGUUGUAACUAAAAUAUUUUCUUGUCAAUGUUUGUUAAUUCACAUUAUAGAGUUAGAAAAGAGAAGUGGCGAAAGAGCAAUCAAUGCUCCUUAUAAUACACCAUUCAUUAUGAUGUAA